GCCAUGGGCUGGUACUGACUUUCUUCUGCUAUUCUAAAUAAUUCGCACUCAACGUUUUAAUGCACACAGGUGCUACGCUUCCCCUUGUCUCUUGCCAGCAAGCUAACAACAAGACUACUCGAGUAAGAAGGAAAACUUCACUGUCAACCUCUGACCUUUUUGUUGGAGAAUCUCAAAGUCGCAUUCUCUACAUGACGAUCAUGCCACUGAUUUUUGCUCUCGUUGCCUCGCUUAUGCCAGCCAUUUUCUCCGCCUCCCUCAAUGAUUGCGGUCAGACCCCUUGUCCUAGCAUUAGGAUGGAAAACGAGACAGACCAGACGCUGAUUUCAGCUGGAAGAGCCCUAAGGGAAGCCGAAGAGUCUGCUGGAUUUUGGCCUUGGAACGCGGGUCUCAAGACGAAGGAUGGGGAGUUUGUUUGCGGGGGGACCCUCAUCAAUAGUCAGAUUAUCCUCACGGCCGCUCAUUGCGUUGACAAGGAGAAUCCAGACUCAUUCUACGUGUCCCUGGGUGAUUACGACAGACUUCAACCCGAAAUCUUUCAGUUAGAUAUGAAGAUCAGGUCAAUAUUCAUUCACCCAUUCUUCAACAUCAGUUCUUACCAUUAUGACUUGGCCAUCAUCAUCUUGAAUGAUACGGUUCCCUUCCUUGAGUAUCCAAAUAUUCGUCCCAUCUGCCUCCCGGGGUCUGAUUACUUAGACGAUACAAUCAGGGAAGGAGUAGUCGUUGGCUGGGGCCUGAGGCAUAGAGGUGGAUUGAGGACGGGGCCGCUGCUGAGAUGGGAAAAAAUGACCAGUGUAAAUAUACUCCCUCCUGAUAUCUGUUCCAAAUUGAUUGGGCCCUUCUACCAUAAAGAGACGAUGAUCUGUGCUUUGGAACGGGAGGGACGAAUCUGCAAUUGGACUGAAUUCCUCAGGGAGGGGGAGGAGCAGGGCUGGCAACGAUUCUCAGGUACACUCGACAUCCACGGAAAGAGCCAACAAAAGAUCAAUUACCGAUGGAAGCAGAUGAACGAGAAUGCUCGAGAUCUCCGGUGUAUACUUUGGCAGGAGUAA